CGCUCGCUGCCCUAACUCGACGCGACAACCCUAGGAAGUGCGGCCAAGGCGGGCAGGGCCGCCCCCGGGCUGGGCCGCGGGGCAGUGGGGAAAAGGUGAAGGGGAACGCGAGCUGCUGCCGGGAGCGGGCCAGCUGACUGCGUAGCUCCCCCGGGGCGGCUGGCUGCCGUCACCGCCCGUUCCCGCCCCAUUGCUCAGCGCCGCGGCCGGCGCCAAGCCCUUCCAGGCCGGGCCCGCCCGGAAGCAGAGGCGGGGUCACCAGGCCGGAGCCAGGGCGCGGAAAGCCGGUUGGGAGGAGCCGGGACGGCCCCCGCUGAAUGUACUCCAUUUCCCAGCGGCCAGUGCGGCCACGGAGACGGGCUCCGGGCGCGCCGCGGAGACACCUGAGGCCGGGAAUUGUAGUCCGCGUCCGUCGGCCGCGCCGACUGGGCUCCGGCGGGGAGAGGCCCGGGGAUUGGCUGCUGAGAGUUCGAGUCCCGCCCCCAGAUGGUGACAACAGGCGGCGGUCUUGCUACUUAAGGCGCCGUGGCCGCGUCCGCCCCGCCUUAGCUCCCGCGCUAGAGAGAAACAUGUAUCGUUUCCGAUCACAGCUCUUCACGGGGAUUUCUGCAGCCGCCAGCGCCCACUCUUACCCCCGCCGCUUCUCGCCCCUGUUGUUAGCCGAAGCCUCGCCUCUCAGCCGCCCGCCGCACAGACGCACGAGUAAAAAGUGCAGCUCCAUCGGCUGAUCCUCGCUGAGCUCCGAGUCUGGGCGGCACCGGGCGUCCCACGAUGCCGAAGAACAAGAAGCGGAACACUGCCCACCGCGGUGGCAGUGGUGGUGGCGGCGGCUCAGGGGCAGCUGCAGCGACGGCGGCGACAGCAGGUGGCCAGCAUCGGAAUGUUCAGCCGUUCAGUGAUGAGGACGCGUCCAUUGAGACCAUGAGCCACUGCAGUGGUUACAGCGAUCCUUCCAGUUUUGCUGAAGAUGGACCAGAAGUCCUUGAUGAGGAAGGAAGUCAAGAAGACUUGGAGUACAAGUUGAAGGGGUUCAUUGACCUGACCCUGGAUAAGAGCGCGAAGACCAGGCAGGCAGCCCUCGAGGGUCUUAAGAAUGCACUGGCUUCCAAACUGUUUCCCGAAUUCAUUCUGGAAAGAAGAAUGACCUUGACUGACAGCAUUGAGCGCUGCCUGAAAAAAGGGAAGAGCGACGAGCAGCGCGCAGCCGCCGCCCUGGCGUCCGUUCUCUGUGUGCAGCUGGGCCCCGGCAUGGAGAGUGAAGAGGCGCUGAAGACCCUCGGACCCGCCCUGAAGAAAAUCAUCUGCGAUGGGACCGCUAGUGCCCAGGCCAGACAGACGUGUGCCACCUGCUUCGGUGUCUGCUCUUUCAUCGCCACGGAUGACGUCACUGAGCUGUGCUCAGCUCUGGAGUGUUUGGAAAACGUCUUCACCAAGUCCGGGCUCAGAGAGAAGGACACGAGCGUCAUUGGCAGCAGCCCUGCCCCGGGGCUUUGCGUCAGCUCGCUGCUCUCCUGGACGUUGCUGCUGACCAUCUGCCCCGUCAGGGAGCUGAAGGCAAAGCUGGAGAUGCAUUUCCAUAAACUUCCACGCUUCCUGUCUUCUGAUGAUGUGAACAUGAGAAUGGCGGCCGGGGAGUCUCUGGCGCUUCUGUUCGAACUGGCCCGGGAAAUGGAGAGUGACUUUCUUUACGAAGACAUGGAUUCGUUGACUGAGAUGCUCAGGGCUUUGGCGACUGAUGGAAAUAAGCACCGGGCCAAAGUGGACAAGAGGAAGCAGCGGUCGGUGUUCAGAGACAUACUCAGGGCCGUGGAGGAACGGGAUUUUCCAACAGAAACCGUAAAAUUUGGUCCCGAGCGCAUGUAUAUUGAUUCCUGGGUCAAGAAGCACACCUACGACAUGUUUAAGGAGGUCCUGGGCUCGGGGGUGCAGUACCACCUGCAGUCGAACGAAUUCCUUCGCAACGUGUUUGAACUUGGACCGCCGGUGAUGCUUGAUGCGGCCACGCUGAAAACGAUGAAGAUCUCUCGUUUCGAAAGGCAUCUGUACAACUCUGCAGCCUUCAGAGCGCGAACCAAGGCUCGGAACAAGUGCCGCGACAAGAGAGCAGAUGUUGGGGAACUGUUCUGACCCCCCGAAGACUGCUCCUCACUCCCGGUCUCCCUCUGGGCGCCGGUGCACUCCGCUCUGGACAGUGCUGGUCUCGGCCGGCAGGUAGCCUCCGUGGCAGGGGUACAUGACUUCUAACUUAAUGUAUAGUAUUGUAAAGGAUGAGUUCUGAUUAUGGAAUAUUCUCUGUAAAUAUCAGUAAACCACGGGUAAGGUGUUUGUAAUGUUUGAUCACUUUUUCUAUUUAUGAAGAGAGCAAAAAAUAUGUUGUUUCAUGAUAAGAAAACUAUUAGCUAAGAUGAAAUAUACUGUGGUUGUCAGAUAUAUUGAUUUAAUGACACAGAUAUUACAAGGUAUUUAAUUUAAGACCUUAGAGAAAGGAGUUCUGUAUACAGUUUUGGGAGCUAGUUCUGGAAAAGCUGCUGUGUUUUUAAUUGUAAAUGGAACCUGACCAUUUUAACUUUGUCACUGGGAUCAACAGAGGGAAUUCACCCGGCUGGUGGGAGUCCUAGCAUAUGCGGAAGGGCGCUGACCUUGACCUCGACCUCGGCCUCGGGGGCAGUGACGCUAAUCUGUUGUGUAAGACCUGUGCUCUUUAUUUGGAAAUAAAUUCU